AUGGACAUCAGUCCAAAAGUGCAGCAAGUCAAAAGACGAGUAGAUUCAAAGUUAAAUUAUACUGAAAUAUUGCAGGAAGAGGUAAAGAAAAGCCAAACAAAAUACCAAGAAAAUCACAAAUCUGAUUAUGACAACAAGGAUGGAACUGGAGCAUCUCAGUUUAGAAGUUCCAAAAAGCAGGGACAGUUUCUAUCCAAUAUCCCUUUCUCAAUCCCCAAACCGCUUACAGUCUCUUCAAACCUGGGCGGCCUGCCUAUCUCCCUAGAAAUGGCAAUGGAGCUCCGAAAGAUGUUAUUUGGAAACACAUUCCAUGUCUUCAGCUAUGAAUGGAAAAAAUCAUGUUUCAAGUUCCACGCUCCAUAUUCUGACCUAUCCUAUGCUUUGGAGGCAGAAAAGGGAGGAGCAAGAGCAAUUCUGAUGGCUGUACAGGUGUACAUCAUUAAAUACUGCUUGUUCGUAAGAAAUAGAGAGGAAAAUAUUCCCCUCCAAAGUUUAUGUGAAAUAAGCCAAACAGAACAAGAAAACACUCUUGCAGAAUCUCUGGGAGAUAUUCUGUGGACAGCAGGGGAAGGUCGGAAAGCCACUGUAUGUCUUGUCACCACUGAUACUUAUUUUACGCCCAAUAUAGACUACAAAGUAGAUAACUUGACUGAAAGACUCCAGCUGUUUGAAUUUUUUGGGAAAGAAGCGGCUCAGAAAUUUAUCUGUGAUCAUAUACAAUGUUUCAAAGGUGAAGGAAGCCAUGGUGUGAUCUUAUUUCUAUAUAGCUUGCUUUUCUCUAGGACAUUGGAAAGGCUCCAAAAAGACCUAGACUUCACAACAUCUCAUCUGUUACAAUUCAGUCUUGGAAACUUCAUCUGUAGACAGGCAAUUCUCAACGUCAUUUUAACAGGCAGAGCAAGUCCGCAUGUAUUUAAUGGGUUCCGGAAAUUUGACAGUGAAGGUGGAGUGCAAGAACUAUUGCAUGGAGUCCCGGCCCGCAGUGAUGUGGGCUAUUUACACUGGAACAAGGAGGAAGUGGAGCAUUACAGACCCCUCCAGGUUGGAAGCAUGCUGAAGACUCCUAAAUUACCCAUCUGGCUGUGCAACAUCAAUGGAACAUACAGUGUUCUUUUCAGCACAAACAGGCUGCUCUUAUCUGACUGGAAAAUGGAACACAUCUUUGAUCUUUACUUAUAUAAUGGGCAGCCAUCACAGAAAAAAACAGUACAUCUAACAGUAGACACUCAUUCUCAUCAUUGGGAAAAGAAUCACUGUGAAGAAAGUGAUCCAGAAAAGAGAUUUCCUUCUGUGGAGAUGGCAAUCAGAACUAAGUGGGAGGGGGCAGCCAUCAACUGGAAUGGAACUGUGCCAUUCUUCUGA